UCGACACUAUCGCGCUCAUUCUCAUGCAAAAAGUCCCAACAAAAGGCUUCUUCUUCCUCCGUUGCCCCUAACCUCUCGUCAAAAACCUCAAAAUAUGUCGACACUCUCUGUCUCUCUCUCUCCCACAUUAGCUCAUCGAAUUUCGACACGAAACUGUACGCAGAAUCAAAUUGGAACCAAGCGCACUCCAUACGCCACAAAGGCAUUAGAAUAAAUAAACACACUACUAGUUUUCGAUCCCCACCGAUCACUCCAAAGUCUCUUUUUGAAAAAAAAGCAUAAAUCCGAGAUUCUAGUCAUCUCUCUUCCCAUGUCAUUCAUUGAGGAUCUCUGGUCUCUGCUCUGUCUCGAAUGGUUCAGAACAAAACUCCAGACUUUGCCAGACUCGAUCUUUAGCACAGUUUCGGAAUCUAUGUCGAGCGCGAGCUGUAAAGAUGGCGAGUUAGAGAAUUGCCGAGACGAGUCAACGGCUUUGAUUCUCAAACUCGUGGCCAUAGCUUCGAUUUUGAUUGCUGGAGUGGUUGGAAUCGCGAUUCCACUCGUGGGAAGGAACCGCCGAUUCCUUCGUACCGACGGAAAUGUGUUUGUUGCGGCGAAAGCUUUCGCUGCCGGUGUAAUUCUCGCAACCGGGUUUGUCCACAUGUUGUCGGGCGGGUCGGAGGCGCUAUCCGACCCGUGUUUGCCCGAGUACCCGUGGUCCAAGUUUCCAUUUUCUGGGUUUUUUGCCAUGGUGGCUUCGCUGGUGACCCUAUUCGUUGACUUUGUUGGGACCCAGUAUUAUGAAAGGAAACAGAGAGUAAUUGAGGAAAAGAUCAGGGUCGGGUCGGAGGACCCGGGUUUGGAGAGUGGGAUUGUGACGGCUUUGGAUGGGAAUGGUGGGAAAGUGUUUGGAGAAGAAGAAGGUGGUGGAAUCCAUAUUGUGGGGAUGCAUGCACAUGCGGCGCACCAUAGACAUUCUCAUCCACAUGGACAGGAUGCAUGUGAUGGAUACGUGAGUGAUCAUGGACAUGGACAUGGACAUGGGAAUGGGCAUGGGCAUUCUCAUGGGAUUGAUGAUGAUGAGGAGGAUGGGGGUGUUAGACACGUCGUCGUUUCACAGGUUUUGGAACUUGGGAUUGUAUCACAUUCAGUUAUCAUUGGACUAUCACUAGGGGUUUCACAAAGUCCAUGUACUAUAAGACCCUUAAUUGCAGCAUUAUCCUUCCAUCAAUUCUUUGAAGGAUUUGCACUUGGAGGUUGCAUCUCCCAAGCCCAGUUUAAAAAUCUAUCAGCAACAGUGAUGGCAUGCUUUUUUGCCUUGACAACCCCAGCAGGGAUUGCUGUUGGGAUUGGCAUUGCUUCAUUCUACAAUCCGUACAGUGUUGGCGCUCUGGUUACUGAAGGCAUCUUGGAUUCAAUGUCAGCUGGCAUUUUGGUUUACAUGGCUUUGGUGGACUUAAUUGCUGCUGAUUUCUUGAGUAAGAGGAUGAGCUGCAACUUUAGACUGCAACUAGUAUCUUAUUUUACACUCUUCCUUGGGGCUGGAUUGAUGUCUUCAUUAGCAAUUUGGGCCUGAUUAUUAAUAUAUUUGUUUAGAUUUCUCGCUUUUUGUGUGUAAUUGUGGCAAUGCAUCAAAAUUCUUUCUUUUUGGUUUCUCUUAGCAAGGAGAGGGUAGGAAGAAAAAAGGUUUGUAUUCAUAGCUUUUGAUUAAAAAAAGAAAAGAAAAAAAAGAAUACUCUUUUCUCCGUUCUGUAUUGCUGACCAAUAUAUUCCCCCCACGUGAUAAAUAUUGUUUUUAACUUUAA